AUGGUUACGUUCUAUAGUAUGGGGGUGCUGCUCUGGGUGCUGUCCAGCCUGACUUGUCAGUCAUCACGGAUCUUUCACGGGGGCAAAACUGCAUCUUGGGGGAAAUUUCAGAUGGCAGGCACUAUGGCCCUGAUCUAUACUAUGGCCGUUCCUAGUAUCGCUGCGGCGUAUCAGCAGCAAACCUACCUCCGCUCUGUCUACCUUUCCGGCUUGACCAGCCUGGCCAUCAGCAAGAUCAGCGGAACCCUCGCUCAGACCUCAGACGCGUCGAUGGCACGGAGCAGCUUUCGCUGGGAUUGCCUCUGGCUUGGGUUUUGGGCAUUGGUACCAUCAGUCCAUGCGCUGCAGACACAGGAAAGACCACCACCGUUGACCAUUAAUCUCGUCCGGAUUGCUACGUGGAAUUUGUUGGCGGCGGCCGGCUGUGCUGCGCAGAUACCCGAGCGGUUGGGGGUGGUGGGACACUGGCAUCCGAGCCUCUACGCGAUGCAUCUCGUCUUAGUGUGGAGCAGCAUCUCGUAUGCCCAAGGGGUCUGGGAUAUGGUACUCUGA